GCCGCAAUAUCUCAGAUUCCAACCCUGUCAUUCUAUCAUUUGUAUCAGAACGAGCAAAUCAAGUAUGCAUCCUGAAUAUGCCUGCAACCUUCUACCUGCGCUCUCCCUUCCGCCUUGGGAAGAGAGCCUGUGCCGAGAGGUUUACAUGACCUUAGGUGGAGAACAACGGACUCCUUUCCACGCCUACGUCCGGCCACGCCCUAUCUGCCACUGCUCUGGUGCUACGAAACCUAGUGUGGAUGCGUGGCCUUUCACUCGACUAGCACCAGAACUCCAGCUCUCUGUACUGGCCAAUUGCUCGGCUGACACCCUCUAUCAAUGGAUGCACGUCUCAUCCUGGUUCCGCAGGGAAGCUUCUAAUCUGUUCUGGUCACAGCCAGACACCUAUUUUCUCGUUGAUGCGUAUUGGCUCCUGCAAGGAGCCUAUGCCGGCGGCACCUUUGCAGACACGACUAUACUCACUUAUGUGCAACAAGUCGAAGUAGCAUGCCCUACAGGUAUCAGCGAUCGAAUUUGCCCGCUAAAAGAUGGGCGAUUGCAUGUUCAGGAAGGGGUGGCUGUUACUUUCUGGGCUAUGUUGCGAUCCAGGUGUCACGCGUAAAGAAAGUUAUUUUGAACCAUAAUGGAGAAAGUGGCCGCUGGGAGGAUGACAAAGAACCGUUUGCAUAUGUCCUACAGCUUCUUCUCUGGUCUUGCCCGCCAGAUAUAAAGGCCUCUGCGCUUUACAAAACAAAACAGAAGUCGCGCCAGCCUGUAUAUGCUACUAAGACACCUAGUCGUCUGUGGCGUCGAGUCUCCUUCGCACUGGCAGCAGAUGGUGAAUGGGAAGAGCGUGAACCUGAACUGUCUCGGAAGACCAUUCUCCUACCACCGAAACUAUUUCAGGGUCCAGUAGGCAGAUUUCAGCAACUGCUCCACGAACGCUGCCAGCAGCUUACGCUCCGGCGCGUUGGCCUAUGGCCACUUAUGGUAGAAGCCCUCGAUCGGUAUCACUUUGACCAAGGACGCAACGAGCCAUUUUCUUGUCCACUACCUGCUUGUGAUGGUUACUUUACUAAGGCUGGAGCGUGGUCAGUCCACGCAGCAGAAAACCAUUGCGGCCAGUGGUCAAGCUUGUUGAGCAUCUUGCCUGGCCAAGUGGGGGUUCACUUUGAAGCACGCCGUCGGGCGCUGGAGAGCAACGAGAAGCGCGUACAAGAGCAAUACGAGGAGGUACAACACACGUGGAGAACAGCGAGCAAGACGACUCAGCAAGAAAUACAGCGUAGCUGGAUGGAGCAGCUAGGCAGCGACCCUUCAUGGGAGACUAGCAAACAAGGCGAACAAAGCGAUGUUUGGCGUCAUUUCAUUAACCACAUGACCCCUGGGUGGUUGGAAGGAUAAGGAAGCGCAAUUUGUGAGCCAAAAGGGAUCCAAGAAGAUUAGGCAAGCGCUUCUCGUGCACAUAGCACACGAAAAGUUCAUAUAUAUCCUAUCUAUCCCAGCUUUUGCACCACUUUCCACUAUCUGCACUUAUACUAGCUACUGGGCUGC